ACCAGUGUAGUGAUCAUUUAAAAGCGGUCGUUUAUCAUGAUUACUGUUUGUUUGAUUUAUUUUGACAUUAAAAAUUGCCGCCAAUGUCCAGGAUAUAAAAUUAUAGAAAAUCUCCAUACACUGACUUACGCUGUGUUAAACAAUUGAAAAAAAAACAUUAAAACGGAUUAUGACGUCAUAUAUCGCUGUGUUACGUUUAGAUGAAUCUUCAACAGGAUGGGCCUUAUCUUAUGGUGAUGCAAGAAACAGGGAUUACAAUGAAGUCCGUGCACCAAUGCCACUUAAACUGCUUUAUGAACCUGGCGGUGACACUGAAAUAUAUCUUGGGCAUACGGCCGUGAGCAAACAUAAAGAUUAUAUUGAUAGCGCUCACACUGGAUACUAUUUCUUCACGAAUAUUUUUUCUUUGCUGACAAAAACCUCAAGAAAGGACGAUAACAUGGUACUUAUCGAGGAUGAUUCAGGUAAAAGUCUUCCAGCAGUAAAUGUCUUUGCAAUGAUUAUACAAUCAUUGAUAGAUGACAUGAAACGUCGACUCUCGUCUCGGUUUACAUUUGAUGACAAGAAAGAUAUUUUUUAUGUCAUAGUUGUUCCAGCGCUUUUGCAAGAAAGCAGGGAGCUAGACCUGAUAACAAAGGCCGCAUUAAAGGCAGGAAUUGAGGAUAAGAUGGUAUCUGUUGUCACGGACAUAGUUGCACUCUCCUUUUUUUGUCAGUUUGCUUCCUCUCAUGGCUUUUCAACAGAAGAUAAAUACCUUUUUGUUAGACUAGGUGGUACAAUGGAUAUUAUGAAGCAGGGUUGUAAACAAAAGGACGGUUCGAAAAGCCGAUCAACUGUCAGUAGCUUUCAAGAUGGUAUGAUACAAGUCGAGGAGGGUAUAGAAAAUUUCAUGAUAGAAAUAUUCCGUAAAGACGUAUUCGAAAAGUUCAAGGCGCUUAACUUUACCGAGUAUAUGGAGUUGAAACAUGAUAUUGCAAUUAAGCUCAGAAGUGUUUCAAUUCAUACUGAAAAGGUGCAUCUCAGAAUACCCACUUCGCUAUUAGUCAUGUACAAAGAUAUUACCAAAAAAGCAUUUAAAGAUGAUUUAUGUAAAUUUCGAGAUAUAGCAAUGGUUGGAGAUAAAAUUAAAAUGCCUGCAAGCCAGUUUAUGGACCCUCUUGAAAAGGCAAAAAUAGGCGUACUGUCACAUAUAAAAGCAGAACUAGAAAAUGAAAAUAUGAACAGUAUCCUGGUGUUCGGUGAGUUUGCACAAACCAAAGUUAUACAGGAAGAAGUAAAAUUGUUGCACGGAAAUGUUAAAUUCAUAAGUGAUGAGGACAUUUUGUCAGGCGCUGUAGCUGCUGGCAAAAUGAAAACGCCCGGACAAAUUAUAAAAUUGGCUCCAGAAACAAUAAUGGUGGCAUCCCUCGACCUUGGUACCACGUAUUCAGGUUGGGCUUAUUCAUUUCUCAGCGAUUUCAUAUCGGAUCCAAGAAAGAUAUCAGUACGAAACUGGAAUGCAGGUUCAAUACUGACACCAAAAACUCCCACAUGCUUGCUAGUGAAACCCGACGGCAAAACGAUAGAGGCGUUUGGCUAUGAAGCUGAAAACAAAUACAGGGAAUUAAUUGAAGACAAUAUGCACGCUUCCUACUAUUUUUUUCGUCGAUUCAAAAUGACGUUAAACAGAAAACUAAGCGAGAAAAUCAACAGAAACCUUAUGUUGGAAGAUGAAACGGGCCGAUCUCUGCUUGCUAUUGAUGUUUUUGCGAUGAGUAUUCGAUUCCUGAAAGACGAUUUGCUGGAGACCUGUAACAAACGAAUUUCUGGACCUAUAGUGGCACGGGAAGUUCAGUGGGUGUUGACAGUUCCUGCAAUUUGGAAUGAUGGCGCGAAACAAUUUAUGCGGGAGGCAGCUUUAAGGGCAGGAAUAGAAGGCAGAAGAUUAACUUUAGCUUUAGAACCGGAGUCAGCGUCGAUAUACUGCCGCCAUCAAAAUAUAUCAGCAACAAACAAUGCAGCAAGAGACAAAGAUAUUUCUUGCUUUGAAGUAGGAACACGAUACAUGGUCAUUGAUGCAGGAGGUGGAACAGUUGAUAUAACAAUCCACGAAGUCUGUGAGAAUGGUAAAAUAAAAGAAGUACAUGCUGCCUGUGGGGGAGAUUGGGGUGGCACAUCUGUUGACAAGGAAUUUGAAACUGUACUUCUUGAAUUGGUAGGUAGACAGAUCUUUCAACGAUUCAAGAAGGAAAACAUGGAAGAAUACCUCGACCUUUGUAGAGACUUUGAAGUAAGAAAGGCACUAAUUGCACCAACAAGCAAUCGGACAACCGGAUUUACCAUCCCUCUUUCUCUUAUGAAUGAAUUCAAAGGCACAACACACGAAGAUUUAGCGAAAUCUGUUUCCAAAACACCCUAUGCAAAAGAUAUCAAGAUAAAAAACUUCAACAAAAUGACAAUCUCUGCAAAUAUGAUGAAGUCAUUCUUCAAAAAUUCUAUAAACUGUAUCAUACCGUUUGUUAGAAAUAUACUUGUGAGUAAAAAUGUUUCAGCAAUUCUAAUGGUUGGUGGAUACUCAGAGUCUAUUAUGCUCCAAGAAGCCGUGAAAACCAAUUUUCCUGAAAUUGAGAUUGUUGUCCCGGAAGAAACCUCAUACACCGUUAUGAGAGGAGCGGUAAUAUUUGGCUACAUUCCGACAAUUAUGUCAACACGUAUCUUAAAAUACACAUAUGGCGUGCGAGUGGCAGAAAAGUUUUUAAAGGGAAAGCACCCAGAGAGCAAACUAGUGCAAACAGAUGAUGGUGACAAAUGUAAUGAUAUAUUUGACAAGCAUGUUGAGAAAGAUAAGGUAGUCAAUGUUGGUGAGACAAAGGUUUGGAGAGUUUAUACUCCUAUGCAAAAGACACAAAAACAAAUUAACAUAUCAGUUUUUGCUUCUGAGAAAACAAACCCGGAAUAUACGGACCAAGACUGUCAUUUCGUUGGGAAAAUGAUUGUAGAUUUAACAGAUGAUGGUGAACUUGACCGGAAAAUUGAAGUAGCACUUUCAUUUAGUUGUACAGAAAUCGCUGUUUCAGCUAAAGAACUGAAAACGGGCAAAGAAACGCACUCAACAAUUGAUUUUCUCGGAUAGACAGUAACAGUUUGUUUUAUAACAAUCUGAACAAUACUUGCUGUAAUAUUACGCUAUUACGAAAUUUACGUUAGUGUUAAAGACUGCAUACCGCUUAAGCCUGUGCUAGGGAGCAUGAGGGAUAUUGCGCCUUUACAUCUCUCUUAUGAACAGACUCAAUCAAACCAAGUCUGCAAUUUCGUAUCAUUUGUUUUUGGUACAAUACUUCUAAGGGACCAUCCCUUUUACAGAUUUCUGUUUACAUUUUAGUUUAAUAAUAUUAUAUAUAUCAUUUUAAAUAUCAUUUAAUGCUAUAUACCGUAGAAUAAUUAACUACAAAACAGAUAUAAACAUAAUACAAAUGUUAACAGUUUGAAUCAAAUGUAUCACAAGUAAUAUGAACAUUAAUGAAUCCCAGACAAAAGAAAGUAGUAACCAUAUUAAUUUUUUGAACCGUUACAAAUAAUUUUAGCAUUUAUAAUGUGUAGGACCAAAGAGACAAAUAAAAUGUAUACUAGUAAACAUAUUAAUACACACUUUAAACAUUUUAAGAGAAUCAAUUGUUUAGCUUGUGUUGUUUCUUAGCAGAACGUUAUUUUCUGUUUCUUAAUGAUAACGUUUCCUGUAAAAAUAAAAAAAACAAUCUUUAGUAAAGACUCAACUCUUUAAUUUGCUUUAAAUACAGUUAGAGUUCAACUACCAUAAUUCAUUAAUAAAGAGUGUUUCCAUGAAGCCUUAUGAUAAGAUGUUGUUAUCUCCUUUUAUAUUUAACAUAUCAUAAAUAUUUGUCAUAUUAUUCAUUCAUUGAUUUAGGAGUUAUGAUGUCAUGUGCUUGUACUAUAAAACCACCCUUAACUGAUAAGUAUUAUGUGUCAAAUUCCAUUUAAAUGUUUUUUAUCUGAUGUUUGAUCGGUUUUAUAAAACAACUUGAAGAAAUGUUAUACUUUGUUUUGCUACAUGUAAAUAUUACCUGUACAACGAUUAAUCUAAUUCAUGAAUGGCUUCCAUUGGACAAUUAUCUGUGCUGAAUUUUAAAACCUUCAUCGCAUCCAUAGAUAUGAUAAAGAAAAGAAACAUCUAAAAGCAAUUUACGACAUAUUUUCUUAUGGCGGAAGAGGUGUUCAAAAAUUUCAACUUCAAUAAUAUGGAAGUUUUAUCUAUGUUGAUGUUUAAAUUUCUUUAAAGUAGCUUUUCAUAGCACAUUAUAUUAUGUGACCUCUUUUGUAAAAUCUUUAUAUUCAUUUGUCAUUCAUGACUUAUAUUUCUUCACAGUUAUAAUUUUAAUUUCUGAUAUAUCUAAUGAAAUCUAAGUAAAUUGAAGCUAUUUUUGUCUAUAUUUUAAUAGCAUAAUUCUGUUGAAGUAGCUGUCUGAGGCCAUGUAAUUUACUACAUUGUAGUGUGGGAUGAUUGAUAUCUCAAAUUGGUAUAAUUGUUUAAGAUAGCGACUCGAAAAACUUAAUAUUCCGUAGAUAGAAGCCACUUUAUAUUUCAUAUUGUAGUUAAUAAAUCACGCUUUUAAAAUCAUGACUCAGUCAUUUAAAUUCCAGUCAUUCUUUCAUAAAUACAGAAUAUGUUGUUCAGAAGCCAAAGGUACAACAAGGUAAAAGCAAAAUUUAGAUCAACUUACCUUUUCAGUACAGUAUAUGUAUAAUAUACUAAAGAUAGAUAUAUUGUAACAUAUUAAUAAUUUGAUAAGAUUCUUAAUUGCUGUUGUGUCAUUAACUGUUUAUUUUGAAAUGCUGUCUUUGUCUUUUUAUGCACACUUACCUUUAGACUGUUAUAAAUUGUCUGUUAUUCAAAAUAUGAUAGAAAAAUAUACAAGUAAAUAGUUAACAACAAAUUUGAUUUUGGCAAAGUUAUUCAAAACUUUAACUUAAAAGUUUCUGUCCUGUUGCGUAAAAUUAAAAAAAUGAGAGAAAAAAGAAUAAACAAAUGAUAAUAAGCUUUAGUUAGCUAGAAAAUUUUAUAAUAUGCUGUAGAAGAAGUACAUCUUAAUGAAGAAAGUCCAGUCAAAGGUAUAUAUAUAUAUGCAUACACGUUUUGAUUAUUAUCAUUUUGACGCAUACAGAUGUUGAUAUCUUGUAUCUAUAGACCACAAUAAAAUUCUUUGUAU